AAGAAGGCGAUGGGGAGAGGAAAGAUAGCCAUCCGAAGAAUCGACAAUUCCACAAGCAGGCAAGUGACUUUUUCAAAGAGAAGAACUGGGUUGCUGAAGAAGGCCAAGGAGCUCUCAAUCCUUUGUGAUGCUGAAGUUGGAGUGAUUAUUUUCUCCAGCACCAACAAGCUAUACGAUUAUGCCAGCACAAGCAUGAAAUCUGUUACUGGGCGUUACAGCAAAGCAAACGAGGAACAAAACCUGCACUGUAAUCCUACUUCCGAAGUCAAGUUUUGGCAAAGGGAGGCAGCAACCUUGAGGCAACAGCUGCAGUACUUGCAAGAAUGCCACAGGCAAUUGAUGGGCAAAGAACUGUCUGGUUUAAGUAUUGAAGAUCUACAAAAUCUGGAAAUUCAACUGGAAAUGAGUUUGAAGGGUGUCCGAAUGAAGAAGGAGCAUGUAUUAACUAAUCAAAUAAAAGAACUAAACCAGAAGGGAAAUCUCGUUCAUCAAGAAAAUACAGAACUAUACAAGAAGAUAGACCUUAUUCAUGAAGAGAAUAUGGAAUUGAAAAAGAAGGUUUAUGGAGUAAGGGAUAUGAAUGAAGCAAACGGAAGUCUUACUGCUCCAUACACUAUCAGCAAUGGAUACGAUCUGCACACACCCAUCCAUCUCCAGCUAAGCCAGCCGCAGACCCAAAACAAUGCAGCACCACAAAAAGCAAUUGAACUGAGGUAUAUCCUCAGUUUAUUGACAUGCCAUGUACAAUUCUAGA